UCUACUUGGAUUUGUUUGGUUUCUGUUGAUCGAGAGGUGUUGGAGAUGUCGGGACCUCUGGAUCGGUUCGCUAGGCCUUGUUUUGAGGGUUUCUCUAAUGGUGAAGAGAGGAAAGAACGGAAAUCUGAUUUUGAUUGUUCUGAAGAUGAACGGAGGACGAGAAUUGGAUCACUUAAAAAGAAGGCAAUGAAUGCAUCAACUUUAUUAAGGCACUCUCUAAAGAAGAAAAACAGGAGGAAGAGCAACAGUCGUAUUAUUUCUGUUUCAAUUGAGGAUGUGAGAAAUAUUGAGGAGCUAGAAGCUGUUGAUGCAUUUCGCCAAUCUUUGAUUUUGGAUGAGUUGCUGCCAGCUAGGCAUGAUGAUUAUCAUAUGAUGCUAAGAUUUUUGAAAGCGCGAAAAUUUGAUGUUGAAAAAGCAAAGCACAUGUGGGCAGAAAUGCUUCAAUGGAGGAAAGAAUAUGAUGUUGACACUAUUUUGGAGGAUUUUGAGUACACGGAAUUAGAUGAAGUUUUGAAGUAUUACCCACAUGGUUAUCAUGGUGUUGACAAGGAAGGUCGCCCUGUCUAUAUUGAAAGGCUGGGGAAGGUUGACCCUAACAAGCUCAUGCAUGUAACAUCAUUGGACCGAUAUGUAAGAUAUCAUGUUCUGGAGUUUGAGAAAAGCUUCAAGAUUAAGUUCCCAGCUUGUUCAAUUGCUGCGAAAAAGCUCAUUGAUUCAAGUACAACAAUUCUGGAUGUCCAGGGCGUGGGCAUGAAAAACUUCAGCAAAACUGCACGGGAACUGAUUACGAGGCUGCAAAAGAUUGAUAGUGACAAUUACCCAGAGACUCUGCAUCGCAUGUUUAUCAUCAAUGCUGGCCCAGGUUUUAGACUACUCUGGAACACUAUCAAAUCUUUUUUGGAUCCGAAAACUACUUCAAAGAUUCAUGUUAUUGGAAGCAAAUAUCAGAGCAAGCUACUUGAAAUAAUUGAUCCAAGUGAACUACCAGAAUUCUUUGGAGGCACUUGCACAUGUGCUGAUGUCGGUGGUUGCCUUAAAUCUGAAAAGGGUCCAUGGAAGGACCCGAAAAUACUGAAGAUGGUUCAGAGCGGUGAAGCGCAAUAUACCAGACAAAUUGUUAAAGUUUCAAAUGGUGAGGGGAAGAUCAUUGCUUAUGCUAAACCACCACACUCAGGAUCAAAGUUUAGUGACACAUCGACUGAGUCAGGAUCAGAGGCAGAAGAUAUGAUUUCGCCAAAGCCAAUGAAAAGUUACACAUCACAUCCUCAAUUGGCCCCAGUCCUUGAAGAGGCAAAACUUGGAAAGAUGGGCUAUUCUGUUGGCUUUUCAGAGUUUGAUGAAUGUGUCCCGAUGGUUGACAAGGCUGUUGAUGCAGGAUGGAGAAAAGAGGAUUCAAGUCAAAGGCUUGCAACUUCCAAAGGGGCCCUUUUUGGACUAAAUUCAGUGAAGCCUCCCGAUGGAAUUCGAGCUCAAAUUGUUGGAUUACUUGUGGCCUUAUUCAUGACCCUGUUUACACUCUUCCGUUCCAUCGGUGGCCUUGUGACAAAGAAGUAUCUUGACAAGGCACUCCAACAAGAUAACUCCUCUCCCACAUUGACAUCAGAUUUGAUGCCUAAUGGACAGAGUGAUCCUCCACCACCUGUUCCACAAUUCAACGAGGUGGAAUUCUCAUCUCUUUUAACAAGGCUGGGAGAGCUGGAAGACAGGGUUAACAUGCUGCAAGUUAAGCCAUCUAAAAUGCCUUCUGAGAAAGAGGAGUUACUUAAUGCUGCUGUUCGCCGGGUUGAUGCAUUGGAAGCUGAGCUAAUAUCUACCAAAAAGGCUUUGCAUGAAGCGCUAAUGAGGCAGGAGGAAUUGCUUGCUUACAUUGACCGUCAACAGGCAGCCAAAUUCCGGAAGAAGAAAUUUUGUUUUUGAAAAACGUGAAGGAAACGCAUGAAACCACACCUGCUCAGCUCAGCUCAGCUUUACAUGGUUUGCGUGUUUAUAUGAGAGAUGAUGAUGAUGGCACUUCACUUCAUCAUUUUCAGUGAGUGCUUAUUGUUUGUGAUCCGAUUGUCUACAUAUUUUGAUGAGAUAUAUGCUCAUCUGUGAUUUUAAGUUUAUUUGGAUCUCUUCAGUGUCUAUAGUAUUUGAAUCUUGUCUCUCCCGGUGUGCUUAUCUCAAAAUGUGAUUUUUUUUUUUCCCCCAUUUUUUCAUGAAUUUGCGUGAGACUUUACCAUUUUACUAUAUGUUCACAUUGGCGAUA